UUCAAUUACAUGGGAGCAAUAUGCAGUAUUGUCGAAAAGUGACUGCGCGGCCACACUGAAACCCAUAACAGAAAAUAAAGCCUUUUCGCUUGCUUUAAAAUAGGAGUUUACCCCGUACAAGAGCUGUCUCGCGGCUAGAAAUAUGCACCCUCGAAGCCACGCAGUGCCGCGCAACCAAAGAGCUUGAUUCUUGGACAAAUGACUCGUGUUUGCAGUGCCUGUUUUGAGGUUUUGCCAGAGUAGUAUACAGCACCCGAAAAUUUUCGCUCGUUCUCGGGGACUCAUGAAAAAUGGCGGCGUCCUCAGCUGCGGCUGCGGCGCCCACCAAUCCGAUCUCGCUUCCAACGGACUCCAUAUCGGAGGAGUGCAAGGACGACGACGCCCUGACCUCCACGCUGCACACAUGCGCCAAUGAUCCGGACUUUGCGGUCAUUUGUGCCUUCCUGCAGAAAUUUGCCAAGGACCUGGGACUUAGCCUGCCCAAUUUCAAGCAUCUCCAGGAGUGGUUGACAAACAACAACGAAGUUCCUGAGCUAAGGGACUUGCACAUAAAGCUGCUCCGUAAAACCCGUAAGACGGUUCACGAAAAGAGUUGGGAGUCAGCCCUCAGCAAAUUCUGCUUCGGUUACUCUGUGCAAGAUGCCUGGGAAAUCGAACGUUUUGGAUAUAGGAAUUCCAGCCUGAAGGUUAAACUGCGAAUAUUUCGAGAACUUCUCGAAAGUCAGUUCGAACGCAAUGCCAAGUUUCGGGCCCACAUACUCACAUUGAAUGCCGAUACCUUACGCUCGGAGCCAAUUGGAAGGGACCGGUUGGGACAUGCCUACUGGCUGACUCAGGAUGCCCACUGUAAUCUGCGGAUCUACCAGGAGCAUCUAGACGAGGAAAUUUGGCAGGUGGUUGCCACGAACCGGGACGAGUUUGUAAAUCUCAUUUCAAGGCUGCGCGGAAAUGAGGUGGUACUUCCUUCGAAGGACAUUGGUGAGGCCGAUGAGGACACCAGCAGCAGCAACAGUUGCCCUCCCAAACCACCGCCCCCCGAACAGAAAGAAGAAGAGGAUGAAGAGGAAGUGGGAGAUGAGCCCGUAAAAACUGUACCCAAUCUAAAGAUUAAACUCCGCUCUCCCGAUCAAGAGGAUCAAAAGUCUAAAAAAGUUAAGCCACUGCUUAUUAGCCAGGCCAAACUUUCGAGUAGCGCAUCGCCGGCCCCAACCAAAAAACGUUCUAUCGAAGACGUAGACAGCAGCCCCACAGCCUCCCAGGAGGAACAGCAGAAGAAGCACCGUCCCACACUGCUUGAUACAAAGCGAAUCAAAAAGCCAAGUCGCUACGAAAGUACUAAGGAUGAAAUUGAAGAAGAGUCCGGAGAAGAGGAUGAGGAAGAAGAGGACGAGGAGGAUUCUGAAUUGGAUGAGGGUGAGGAAGAGGAAGAUGUCGAUAGUGCGGCGGCGGAUAUCGAGGAGGAUGACGAUGAUGAAGAUACUGGAGAGCCUAUAGAGGAUCCAACGAUAGUGGUGCACGGCCAAGGAUCAGGACUUGACUGUGAAGCCAUCCCUUAUAAUUUCAUUGGCAACCUUGAUUAUGGGGAUGACUUGGAGAUCGGGGAAGCCAUUGCAGAUCCAAUGCUCCAUGUGAUUGGUCAAGGGUGGGGGACCGACUGUCUCGUGGGGAACGGUAAAAACGAAGCUUCCGUGGAGGAAACUUCAACGCACACAUCCGAACCAAAGGCCACGUUCUUUUUUGGCGAGCCCGGAUGUCUUAAGCUAAGUCCCAUGAAGCAAACAUCAAAACCGGAGGUAAAACGCAGCAUUUUUGACAGCUUGAGCGAGGAUAAAACAAAUGGUGAAAGCGAAAAGUGCAUAGAAAACACACCGCCUAGAAAUGGUAGCGAACUCACAAAAACUCUGGGAGAUAGUGAAGACACAGCAUCUGCGGGUGCAGCUACAUUAGAAGAGACUAACAUAUGCCAAGAAGCUAAAGUGAAUAUAAUCUCAGACGAUCAAAUAAAAAAAAAGGAAUCCGAACUAGUGGCUAAAAGGAAUAUACAGGAUAGUACCAUAAGCGUGAUCGAAAAGAAUGAGGAAAUCUCUAAAGGUCGUACCGAAAGUGAGGCAAUAGAAGGAGUGAAGAAUAGGACAAAUGAAGUUUCAGUCUUACAAAAUAAUACAAAUGAAAGCGAUAACUCCUCCAUUCAGACUCAGGAUCAGCAUUUAAUUCCAGCUGAACUAAAAAAAACAAAGGAACCAGUAACAGAAGAAUGCGUCCUGGAAAGCGUUACAGCUGAGGAUAAACUGUUAAGAAAUCAUCAGCAAAUUUCGAAAAGAGGCUUGGAUACUGCAUCUAAUGAGAAACUAUCGUGUGAAGCACAAAGCCCUGUACCUAACCAAUAUGAUUCUCAAAUGAAAUCAGAACAGGAAACGGCAACGAGCGCUAAAUCUUCUUCAACGGAUGGGGAAGAUGAAACAGCAAAAUCAAAAUGUUUGAUUGACCCUUAUGCAGGAAAAAGCAAUGAUAAAGGUAUUAUUAUGAAUAAAAUUGAUAUGGCAGAAGGGGUUAAUGAAACAUUGAUUCAAGAUGAUCCACCUAAAGAUAUUUCAAGAAGCGAAACGAAUACAACAUGUCUUGAAAUUAAUAUUUCGCCAUCUGCAGAACAUAGGAUUUCGGAAAAAAUGCCAGCCAUAGGUGCAAGUACAUCCCAAAGCUUACAUUUCGAAGACAAUGGAAAAUCCAGAGAGGUUGACGGUGAGUCAAGGACGAGUGGUGCUGGUGAGGAAAUAACUAAACCGUCUACGUUAUUAAAUCGCAAGCGGCGUCUUAAUGACUCUCAGUCCGCUCUACGAAAUUCCACCUCCGAAAGCGAAGUGCAAGAAGAGGAACAGCAAGAUGACGAUCCUACCCUGGACGAUUUGGAUGUGGGCGGCAAGCGCAUUAAAAUGAGACCGAAGACCGCUAACGCGGAGUCCAGACGAAAAGUGGAGUCUCAAAAAACGCAGUUAGAAGAAACUACUUCGUCCAGCGGAGAAGACGAUGCGCGUGUUCGCCGCAAGUGUAUAGCUCCUCACACUAAAACAAAGCCCACUCUGGAGGAAAUUAUUGAAAGAAAGUUAAAGAAAAGUAUAGAGAUAGAUUUGCCUGAAAAGACAACUGGAAAAAUAAUGGAAAAGCCAAAGCAAGGGAUCCAGCAAACUAGAGAAGCUACCCCGCCCAUCAGCUCCUUAAGUCCGCAAAAAAAAACACCGAUAACCAAGCCCCUAAAGAAAAAUCUCCUAACUCAACUACGACAGGAGGAGAGUGAAGAAGAGCCCAUACCAAGAAAACGAACAAACAGUGAGACACUCGUGCCUGCAAUUCCAGCUUCUAACGUAAUUUGUCAAGCAGACGAGCGUCAUCGCAAGCGUCGUAGCAGUGAGGAUGCGAAUGAAGCGUUUUCCAAGGAAUCCUCCCCUACUGAAGUGCCUCCGUCAGCCGUAAACGAGAAGUUGAAGCGCAAUAACGAGCAGGACAUACAGGAGGAAGUCGAGGAUCCACUUGCUAUGUCUGUCAAAGAUUCAUUACCUUCAGUUAAAGACCAAUCGCCUGUACCGGAGGGAUGUGCCCGUCGUUCUGGUCGCAGAGGUGGAGCUGCUGUCAUUCACUCCGAGCUUCCUCAGCCAAAAAGGACUCGAGGUGGGGCCAGGGAUAAAAUGCAGCCAGAGGUCAAUGCUGAGCUUAAGCAGGAAUCCGAAGAUGAUGAGAAAAUUUCAGGCAAACUAAAAUCUGAAGCUAAAGACGAUCCAGCCCCAGAAAUACCAGAAAAUAGGAAAAAACCAGAGGAGAAACCCAUCAAAGAAAAGCCCAACGAGGAGCCAAAGCCAAAGGUGGGUCGAGGACGUGGGCCGAGAAAGAAGCGUGAGGUGGAUACUACAAAUAUCAUUGAGAGCAACGACUCGGAGACGCCUGUGCGCCAAUCUAGGCGCAUUGCCCAGCAGAAGAUCAAAGAGGAAGCUGAAAGACGAAAGCAAGAGGAGGUUGCUCUACGUUCCAUGAAACAGGAGCUUAAGAAAAAGAAAAAAGCCGAGAAGGAAGCAGAUCCUACUGUGCUAGAGCCAUCAGGAGAAGAAUCAGAAUCCGAGGCCAGCGAGGCGGAGGAAGAGGCCCGUAAUAAGAAGAAAAAAAAGUGUCCUGGCAAGGAUGGCUGGUCUUCUGAUUCAGAAGAACAGCCGGAAAGCGAGGAGGAAGAGGAGGAGCCACCGCACUAUGAAACGGAUCCUGGUUCGCCACUCUUCCGGUCCGAUCACGAAUUUUCGCCAGAAUCGGAGCUUGAAGAUGAGUCUCAAGUGGUACCAAUGAAAAGAGCGCGCACCGUACGGAAGGAGAAUGCCGAUGACCUAGAGGAGGAUGCGGAGGAAGCUUGUCAGAAGUGCGGCAAGUCUGACCAUCCGGAGUGGAUUUUGCUCUGCGACACGCCUACCUGUAACAAAGGGUACCACUGCUCCUGCCUCUCACCAGUGCUCUUCUACAUUCCUGAGGGCGAUUGGCACUGUCCUCCUUGUCAGCAGGAGCAGCUCAUAGCUGCCCUGGAGAGACAGCUGGAGCAAUACGACACAUUGGUAGCUCAAAAGCAACAGGAACGGAUUUUGGCUGAAGAGCAAGCCGAGCGAGAGCGUCAGGAGCUAGAGGCGGCCACGCUGGCGGCGAAGGACGAAAACUUCAAGAGCGAAAAGGAAGAGGACGAAGACGAUAGGGAUGAUAUGUCGGUCGGCAAGGCUGAAAAGGUAAAGCGGCGUCGAGGAGAUGGACGCAUUAAUAGGAGAGCUGCCAAGCGAGGCACCAGGCGCCGUCGUGGAAACGAAUCUGACUCCAGCCAUGGCAAAUCGUUACGCAGUGGCUCUAGAUCCGGAUCUGGAUCUGAGUCAAGUAGCGACAAUAGCACUAGCUUUUCUGACUCGGACGAUGAACCCAUAUACAAGUUGCGUAAGCGGCGACAGAUCAACGUGAGCUAUCGGCUUAACGAGUAUGACGACCUCAUCAAUUCUGCUUUAAAAAAGGAGAUGGAUGAGGUUGCCGGAGCAGGAAAUCUGGGCCGAGGCAAAGACAUAUCCACCAUUAUUGAGGCGGAUAAGGAAAAGGCACGACGCGAUGAUCUGCCUACGGAGGGUGAAGUGGAGAAUAAGGAAGACGGUGAGAAGGAGAAACAUAAAUCAAAAUCUAGCGGCAGUAGUCCGUCAUCGUCAGAAGACGAAGUACCCCUCAAACGUAGCAACAAGUUUAAGCAACCUCCUGCCAAAAAGAAGGCUCGAAAACUGACCACCCUGGACGUUAGCAGCGAGGAAGAUAAUGGCAGCGAUGAGGAUUUUAAAACGUCCAGUUACUCGGAUGAAGAUACCUCACAGUCCGCAUCCGGAGACUCAGACUCAAGCUUGGAGGUAUACAGGCGUCCCGGUCGAGGGAAAAAGCAAAGAAAGGCAGCCAGGAGAGCGGCACGUGAAAGGCGCAAGGAUAGAAAGUUUGUUGUUGAAGAGAGCGACGAAAGCGAAGACGAAGAUCAGAAGCGACGGAGUACAAAGUCAAAAAAAAAGAAAGACGAUUCUGACUAUACAGAAACGGAAACGGAAGAUGACGAUGAUAAUGAGUUGUCCGAUAACGUGGACAGCGCCGAUUUGUGUGACGACACCACUUCUGAGAGCGAGGAUGGUGCCUGGAAUCCUUCUUCUAAAAAGAAGAAGACGGUGGCCGCGAAGAAGUCUAAUUCGUCGGGUGGCAUCGCCAGAAAGUCACCCAAGCUAAAGAAGCUAGCCACCCAGGCUGGGAAAAAGGUCAAGCGCUUGGAAUACUCUGACGACGACAUAAGCGAGAGCGAUUUGGGAGAGGAUGAUGACGAUGACGAUGAAGAUGAAGAGGGUGCACCCUUGUCGGGCAAAGGUUCAGGCAAACAACCUCGUUCUCAGCCUCUUAAACCAACCGCAUCUUCAACCCAACCAGGCAAGGGUAAAGGAAAAGGCAAGGCCAAAAAGAAAAAACCGGUGUCCUCUGAAGAAGAGGACGGCGCCGCUUCCGACGAUCGCACUCGCACCCGUGGUCGCCGAUACGCCUACAUUGAGGACGACGACGACAGCUCUGACGGCGGCAUUAAACCUGGCGUGCAUCGGCCGGAUACGCCACCUGAGGAGCGUCAAAAAUUCAUCCAGCGGCAGGAGGAGAUAAAGCGUAUGCUCGCAGAGAAAAAUGCAGAGGGUGCGAAGAUUGCUGCUACACCACGUCUCACGCCCCUAAAAUCUGGUGUCACUGCAUCGGAGAAGCGCACACCUGGCAAGGCAGCAGGCAGUGAUUCGCUUUCCACGGUGCCGCUCUCAGUGAUUCGGCAGGCCAAGGUGCUGGACAUCGAUUACCUGCAACGCAAAGGAGAGACCAUUGGAGAUCUAGAUGAUGUGGACGAGUCGGAGCUUGACGACGCUGAGCUGCCCGACGACUUGCCCGAGGACAUGGAGGACGCGAUUGCUCGAAUGGUGGAGGAGGAAGAACAGUUCAGCGCGGCAGUGGCAGCUCGUGAGCUUCCUGGAGCAGAGGAGGUUCUGCGCACUACGCCUUCCAAGACCAAGCAAACUAGCAGGGUGAUACCUGAGAGUCCAGCUCAAAAUUCCGCGCCCAGUACAUCUGGCUUGCAGGAACCACACCGAAAGCGCCUUCCCAUGCCCACCAUGCAUCCGCCGCUACUGCGCCACCAGUUCCCAAUCUCCGCCGGCCCGUCUCAUUCUCCCGCAUCUCUGGUUCCUCCUCACGCAGCUCACGGUAUGCAUCCCAUGCUUCAAAGACACCUUUCGCAGACUGUCCCCCCACCACAGGCCAUGCAUCUCCUGCAAAAUGCCUUAUCCGCUCCUCUUGGUCAGCCGCUCGGAUGUGGUAAUUACGGAUCCGGUCCUAAUUCUACACAACACCUGCCUCUGGUCAUGUCUAUGCCUUCGGCUGCGGCGGCGGCUGCCCAUCUUAUGCAAUCGGCGGUCGCUUCUGCUACAGCGCGUCCAUUCGAGACAGCUUCGGGUAACCCAGCGCCUGAACCGAAACCAAGGGGUCGACGAAAAAAGGUUACACCUCUAAGGGAUCAGUUGCAGAAGCAACAAACGGCGGCCGCUGUUACAGCUGCUACUUCCUCAACUACACCGGGAUCGGCCCCCUCGGAUAAGGAGAAGGCUCAACCGCUCUUUAAGCCGCACGAGGAUGCUGCCCCUAGCGCUCCUGCUUCCCAAGCCUCUGUGAUUACCCGGAUGCCGUCGCACCUUCCUCCGGCCCAUGGACGAAGUCAUGUACCGCCCGGUGGUGUAUAUCCAAGCAGUGCGGAACUGGCCCGAUUCUAUGGCCAAGUAGCUAACCAGCAACCUAUUCCCGCUGUCCCAGGCUCCCGUUCUCCUUCUUCGACGUCAGGACCUCCCAGACACCUUUUGCGACCGCAAAUGCCACCUGGAUUGCCUCCGCCUCACGCAUCCCUACGACCCACCUACGGACCACCGCCGCCACUUCGCGGAUCUGGACCACCAACUUCCACGCCCAGUACUACGUCGAAUUCCAGGCCGGGUUACCUUCACGGAGCCGAGCACCACGGUGGCCCCUCUGGGUCCCCAAUGGGAGGAAUCUUUAAUUCCGGGCCGCCUCCAGCGCGACAUGCAUCUCCCCACUUGAAUCCCUACAGAGCGCCGCCCAUUUACGGCAAUCCAAACUAUUCGCCUCGUCUUGGUGGAGCUCCAGGAACUGGAGGUAUGCGCCCUGGAGCUGUGGACUACGUUACCGGACCACGUGGAUAUUCCCCAUAUGGCUAUUAUCCCCCGCCCCCGCCGCUGUCCACACCAUCUGCCCACGCAGCGACAAGUUCGGUGAUCGUAAGUGCCCCGCACACCCUGACGCCAACGAAUCACUCGGUUUCCACUCUGACGCAUGGAAAAACUCCUCAACCUACUCCGACACAGUCUUCAGGUCCACCACCCGCUGCAGCCCCGCCACCUACAAUAACCAGCGAAACCAGCAGCCACAAGCCACCAAUGGCUUCUGUGAUAACCAGCAAAAAGCUAACUACUCUAGAGGCGUAUCCCAUCAGGAAGUCUCCGAUCGCUGUAGUGGCCGAGGUAUCGGGUCCGGCAGAACCUGCCGGGUCACCGGCACCCAUAGCCGAGGAAGACUCAGGAUCAGCUCAUGACACGAGAGCUCCGCCAUCCGCAACGGGAACAGCAGUCGUGGGAGAGUUCAGUGGGUUGGUAAGCUACUUUAGCUCGCAACAGGAUGAUUAUGACACAUAACAAACGCCGGCAGGCACAUUAUUGAAAUUUGUAUAUAUCGAUCGGCUUGUAAAGUUAAAAAACAAUUUUACUUUAAGGCUAGAAAUCAAUCUUGGCAAUACUUUACCAAUAUAAGAUUUGUGUUUAAACUUUAAUAAAACAUAAACAGACCAAACUGAUCCGAAUUCUUUAAAAAGAUUUCCAAAGAUUCUUUUAAAUCCGCUUUUGGCGAUCAGUUGUUUUAUAGAAAUCGAUAAAGCACUGUAACUUUGUAUGUUUGAUUGCUAACGUCACUCCCAUCGGCUUUCUAUGUUGUAUUUAACUUAGUUCCCUUUAUGUGCUGUUACAGUUUAGCUAAAUCAAGCAUCAACUACUUCUAGUAUUUUAAUUUAGCUCUAUAUGAUUUUAGCCCUAACGCAAUAAAAGUAAGUUAUUAAUUAUACAUACCAUUAUUAUUAUACAAAUAUAAGAUAAACUUAUGAUCAUAAAUAUAUAGUCAAAAAAUAUAUAGAUUGAGUUAAUUACAAAAUGAUGUAAGUAAACCAGUUAUGCAGUGCAUACUUAAAAAGAUUGACUUGCGUAUCUAUUAUAACGUUAAAAUGGUACUAAAAUCAAAAAAGGGAGAAAACGUAAUGUUCACAAUAAAACUAUUUAUUAUUAGUGGAAAGUA